GACAUAUUGACAUUUCCUAACUAUAAAAGGGCAGAACUAUUCAUGUAAUGAUGAACCACAUAUUUGUUAUUAUAACUUAGUCAUAUAUCAUAGAAAAAAUGAGUCUUGAAGGUAAGUUGGUUUCUGAGAUAAAUAUCAAAUGUGAUGGAGAUGCGUUCCAUGAAAUAAUUAUGUACAAACCACAUUAUAUGUGCAACAUAUGCCCUGAUAAGAUACAAAAUGUGGAUAUUCAUGAAGGUGAUUUGGGUACUAUUGGCUCUGUUAGGUUCUGGAAAUUCACACAUGAUGGGAAAGAGAUGGUGGCAAAGGAAGUUAUUGAAGAAAUAGAUGAAGAAAAGAAGUUGGUUAAAAAAAAGAUGAUUGAAGGAGAUAUGUUAGAGUAUUAUGAAUCAUUUUACCUCACUAUUCAUGUUGAGACAAAGGAUGAAAACAACUUAGUUACUUGGAUUUUGGAAUAUGAAAAGAAGAAUGUGCAUGUUCCUGAUCCACACACUUUCAUGGAAUUGUGUAUCAAUAUCACUAAAGAUAUUGAGAGUUACCACAUCAAGUGAUACAUAAAUACAUAUAUGUAUGUACUUGAAAUAAUAUUAUGUAGUGUGGUUAAUGAGUUUGCUUUGAAAUAUCUAAUAUAUAUGUAGAGAAAAUAAAGGGAGUGGAUAUUGAUAAAUAAAAAUAUAUAAAAGCUCCUUCUAAUA